AUUAUGCCGGUUAUUAUGGAAGAAGAUUCUGGUAACGCUCCUCUAGAACCAUCGACGUCCCAUAUAAAUAGGGCUGCUGCGAUCUACGACCAAGUAAAAGAAAGAAAUAGAGAAGAAAACAGAGCGAGAGAAAUUGGGAGAGGAAAAGAGAACGAACGUCGCCGGAGUGUAUGUAGUUGCAACUUGCAAGUCGAUCGGACGGAUACUGUCAACGCCGGAGGGCCUGGUACGAAGUUCGCCGGAGAAGGAGAGGAGGUCGCCGCAGAAGCUGAAAUGCUCCUGACGUCGCCCGAGGAGGAAAUCAGACUAUCAUGGGACCACCCACUGCCGAUGCUAAAAGGAAGGAUCCCAUAGCUGUGCCGCCGCCGCCCGAAGGACAUACCUGCGCUGAACUAGUGAACUUGCUCGCCGGUGCCGAGUGACAAUCGGACGUGCUCUACUAUUUUUACAAGGUGAUUUGGUUGAGGAGCAAGGUAGAAGAAUUAACUAGGAGUACUUGGAGUUGAGGUGAUGAUUUGACGAAGUUGUUGAUUUCGAGAGAGCCUCCGCUAGAAAAUGUAGCUGUAGUAAUCAAUGUAGUUAAUUUACAAGAUCUAAAUAAUCAAUUUUGGAGUUUGAGUAUUUUCAGCCUGUGCACUCGGUUAAGAGAAAACCGAGUGUGGCGGUAACGCCCCUAUUUUCCUUUGAAUAUUUUUCCGCUGUAAACUCUGAUGUUUUCAAAUAAAAGUCCAAUAUUUCUUUUGAAUAAAUUUAUAUUUAAAUAUAUUUUUGGGUGGGAAAUUUGGGGGUGUUACAUGUGCCUCUGAAAGAUUUCAUUCAUGCAGCUGGAGAAUUUGGACAGAAUGUCAGUGUAGGUCUUCAAAAGCUGAUCAAGAUCAACAGGGACACAUUCAGACAGAAUGCCUCCAUUCUUGACAAUUAUCAACAAGAUUUACCCUGCUUGAGAGAAGACUUCACUCAGCUAAAGAAUUCUCUGAACAAGUAUGCAAAGACUGCCUUUGACAGAACAUAUGCUCUGGCUACUUCUGUGGACAACAUUCAACAUACUCUGGGUUCUAUUCAAGAAACCCUUAAAUCUCAGAACAUUGCAAUUACCUCUCUAGCCAUAAGUUUGGUCAUUCUGAAGAAGUCAGAUGAGGAGAAGACACAUUGAAGAAAAUAGAAGAGAUGUGCUCUGUUGCUGAACAGAAGACCACCUCCUUGGUUAAUGUUGAUAAGGACAGAUAUCAGAAGCUGGUCCUCAUAGAAACUCAGAAUAAAAACUUGGCUCAUGAUGUAACUAAGCAGAAGGAGCUUCUUGAAACUCUUACUUCUGUCACUCAGACUGUACCUGCUACCAUUGAAAAGUUGAGUAUGGCCAAUGCUAAUGAAUUUCAGAAGAUUGAAAUUCUCCCCAGUAAUCUGCAUGAUGCCAACAGGAGGGAAGAGGAUACUCAAUCUGGAAGUUUGCUGCUGGCCAGAACCUCAGCAUCUGGUUCAGCUGAUCAUGUUAUAUAUUAUGAGAGAAAUAAACAGAAAAAGAUUGAAGAUGGUACUUAUAAACCUCCUCCUCCUCCUCCUCCCAAGAAGUCUACAAAGAAGUCCUCUUUCUCCUUCUCUGAUUGGAAAAAGAGUAGUUUAUCUAGACCAGAUCCUGAUCUGUUUGAGCAAAUGAGGAAAAAGAUGACUCCUUUACAGCAAGAAAACAUAUAUCUGGAUCAUGAAGAGUUCAUCAUGUUCAGCUCUGGAGGAUCCAUUGAAGAAGCUGAAGAUUGGUGGAAAAGGGAGAUAGUGCCUGGCAAGACGGCUCAAGAAGGUAUAAUGAACUAUCUUGACUGCAAGCUAACUCCUGCUUGGUCUUCAUAUGCUACCCCAAGGAACUUGUUGACAAUUAGAGCCAAGGUUAAUGCAAAACUUAAGGAAUUUGAGGCAGAAGCAGCAGCAGCAUAAGAAGAGAUUUUGUAACCAGAACAUCUUGUACUCUUCUUACUGUCUCCUUUAGUAAAAGCUCUUAUGUCCCUCUCCUUGAUUAUCUAUCUGUUACUAACCU